AUGGCUGAUGAGCUGGCAAAUAAGCUAGCGGCUACAAAGAUCAAUGAUAAUGCUUCCUCGGACAACUGGAAAGCUGGUCUUAACAUCCCAGUGAAAGAUACGAGGCAACAGACAGAGGAUGUUACCGCCACCAAAGGUCUCGAAUUCGAAGAUUUCUCCAUCAAGCGAGAGCUGUUAAUGGGCAUUUUCGAAAUGGGUUACGAGAAACCAUCCCCAAUUCAAGAAGAGGCAAUCCCCGUGGCCCUUACAGGUCGAGACAUACUGGCUAGAGCGAAGAACGGUACCGGUAAAACUGCCGCCUUCGUUAUCCCUGCACUCGAACGCAUCAACCCCAAAAACACCAAAGUACAAUGUCUCAUUCUGGUACCUACUCGAGAACUAGCUCUCCAAACUUCACAAGUCUGCAAAACUCUUGGUCAACAUCUUGGCAUCAAUGUUAUGGUUACUACUGGUGGUACUACCUUACGAGAUGACAUCCUGCGUCUCCAAGAGCCCGUUCACAUUAUCGUCGGUACACCUGGUAGAAUCCUCGACUUAGCUGGAAAGAAUGUGGCCGACCUCAGUGAGUGCAAUAUGUUUGUCAUGGAUGAAGCUGAUAAACUACUCUCACCUGAAUUCACCAUCGUCAUCGAACAAUUACUCCAAUUCCAUCCAAAGGAUCGACAGAUCAUGCUCUUCAGCGCAACAUUCCCAAUGACAGUCAAAGACUUUUCGGAUAAAAACAUGGUCGACCCCUACGAAAUUAAUCUCAUGGACGAGCUCACUCUGCGCGGUAUUACUCAGUUUUACGCAUUUGUUGAAGAGAAAGAGAAAGUGCAUUGUCUCAAUACUUUGUUCUCAAAAUUACAAAUCAACCAGUCGAUCAUCUUUUGCAACUCCACAAAUCGAGUCGAGCUUCUUGCCAAGAAGAUUACCGAAUUAGGCUAUUCAUGUUUUUAUAGUCAUGCUCGUAUGAUUCAAGCCAACAGAAACCGCGUUUUCCACGACUUUCGAAAUGGUGUCUGCCGCAAUCUUGUUUGCUCCGAUUUACUUACUCGUGGUAUUGACAUUCAAGCUGUGAAUGUUGUUAUCAAUUUCGAUUUCCCUAAGAACGCUGAAACUUAUCUUCAUCGUAUUGGUAGAUCUGGCCGAUUUGGACAUCUCGGUCUCGCUAUCAACCUCAUUAGUUGGGAGGACCGCUUCAACUUGUAUAAUAUCGAGCGUGAACUUGGGACAGAGAUUGCUCCAAUUCCACAAAUUAUCCCGAAGAACCUAUAUGUUUACGAGACUCCCGAAAACAUCCCCCGUCCUGUGUCCAAUUUCCAAACCAACACCCGCCAGGCAUCAGGACCAGGACGGGAUCAGCAACAACCCACGCAGCACGCUGGGAAUCAGAGGAGCGGUGGUCAAUAUAAUAAUUAUAAUAAUGGACGUCAGAGUGGCCCAGGCCAAAACCAGAGUCAAGGACAAGGACAGGUACAGGGACAAGGACCGAGACAAAACCAAGGUCAGCGUCAAAACUAUUCCAGGGGCCGAGGCGGAUUUGGUGGUGGUAGAGGAAGCGGUCAAGGACCACGACAAAACGGUUACGACAACUCAAGAGGAGGUCGAGGUCAGGGUCCUCCACCAGCUCAAUAG